UUAUUUGCGCAUAGAUAUUUGGCAACGCUAAGCACAUUUGAAAAUUCCCUCCCCCCUCCAUCUCUUCUUAGUCGUCUGGAAUUCUUUCAGCGAUCAAACGGUCACCGUUCGCCAUCUGAAACUUACUCUCUAGUCCCGAAGGCAGCUGGCUUGAAUUUGUAUUGUCAAAAUGCCUACUGAAGCAAAUCCCAGCCGUUUGAAGGAUUUUAAGAACAAAGGAAGAGAUGUUGAGGAGAUGAGAAGAAGGCGUACUGAAGUAAAUGUGGAACUUCGCAAAGCCAAAAAAGAGGAUCACUUAUUGAAGCGCCGUAACCUUGAAGUUGAUGAUGAGCCACUCAGCCCUCUCCAGGAACAAAACCGUAUGGCUGCAGCCAACAUGAGCAUUGAGGACAUUGUCAAUGGCAUCAACAGUGGAGAUGAAAAUAUGGAAAUUACCGCAACUCAUGCUGCACGUAAAAUCCUUAGCAGAGAACGUAAUCCUCCCAUUGACAUCCUCAUCAAUGCCAAUGUUGUUCCAAAGCUUGUGGAGUUCCUUAGCAGAGUCACAAACCCUGACCUUCAGUUUGAAUCUGCAUGGGCCCUCACAAACAUAGCAUCUGGCACCUCAGAUCAGACAAAAGCUGUUGUCAGUGCUGGGGCUGUAGCUGGAUUUAUUUCUUUGUUGGCCUCUCCUCACCCAGUUGUGGCUGAACAAGCAGUAUGGGCACUCGGAAAUAUUGCUGGUGAUGGGCCUGAGCUACGAGAUCACGUCAUUGAGCAAGGAAUUAUCAAGCCCUUGCUCGGCUUGAUAAAACCCGAUACUUCGGUAAGCAAAAUUAACCAAUUGUUGGUGCAGGCAGUUAACGCCUUAGUUCAUCUUAUACAGGCUACUUUCUUGCGAAACGUCACGUGGACUUUGUCUAACUUGUGUCGCAAUAAGAAUCCGCCACCAAGUGUCCCUGCAGUUCGACAACUUCUGCCAGCUUUAGCUCACCUGAUACACAACACUGACAAAGAGAUUCUUGCAGAUGCAUGUUGGGCUCUUUCAUAUCUCACUGAUGGCCCCAAUGAACGUAUCCAAGAAGUGGUUGAUGCUGGUGUUGUUCCGCGUCUUGUUGCAUUAUUGGACCACCCUGAAGUUGCUGUCAUCACUCCUACCUUGCGUACGAUUGGCAACAUUGUCACUGGUAGUGAUACUCAGACGGAUUCAGUUCUCGCGGCUGGCGCCUGUCCGUUGUUGGCCAAAUUACUUGAGCAUUCCAAGAUGAACAUAGUUAAGGAGGCAGCUUGGACUGUAUCGAAUAUUGCUGCCGGAAAUGCCGUUCAGAUUCAAGCGCUCAUCACCAAUAACGUCAUCCGCCCAUUGGUUGACGUACUGGGCAAAGGCGACUUUAAAUGCCAAAAGGAAGCUGCAUGGGCUAUCACUAACAUCACAUUGGGUGGCAACGUUGAGCAGAUAGCGUUGCUCUGUCAAUUUGGAGCUAUUGCACCCCUGUGCAGCUUGCUAGAGGCCAAGGAGCCCAAGACAAUUCUGGUGGUAUUGGAUGGCCUAGCCAAUAUUUUGGCCGCCGCCGAAAAAAUGGGUGAAUUGGAAAAGGUGUCACUCCAUGUUGAAGAGUGUGGUGGCCUUGAUCGCGUGGAAGCUUUGCAGAGCCACGACAAUGUUGAAAUUUAUCAUAAAUCAUUGGCUAUUCUUGAACAAUACUUCUCCACUGAGGGCGAUGAAGACUCUGAGUUGGCGCCGUCCACGUCACAGGGUGGAAAUUUUGAAUUCAGCCAGACGUCUCAAGCGCCUGAAGGAGGUUUCUCUUUCUAAUUUUGUAAUCUACAUUCUAUCUUUCUGCCUUUACAACGGUAAAAAAUAUUCUUCAACGCUAUCCUAAUUAUUAGUUUUGGUCUUUCCUUUAAAGUUUUUUUUUCUUACAAUUUGUUUUUUAAUUGAAGUUGCAAUUUGCUUUCAUUUCUGCCCAUGCACGACCUCUUCUUUCAUCUUUUCUAUGCGCGAUAAACGAGCAAUACAAACCAACUCAAUUGAGUAUAUGAGUUGAAAAACUGUUGGUUUUAUCAACGUUUCAACAGUCGAAAUACCAUGUGCGGUCUGUCAUUCUUGUAUAAUAAACCCGGCAACGCAGCCA